AUGCCUACCUCUCCUUCGAAGAGGUCGCGUAACCUCAUAAAUCUCGUCUCGGGAUCAUUGCCUUUGCAGUUCCACGAAUGCCUUAAUUCUCAAAAAUACGCCAUUCUGCAUGCGCUACGCAACAUGUCUGAUAUUCAACUCGAGAACGAUAUUGAAGACGAAGACGAUAUGGAUCGGACGAACACUUCAACGUCUCAAAAUCUCGAUGAAUUGCUUUGUGGUACAGUCGAGAGAGGGGAGGGUAACAGCUGCCUUUUACUUGGGCCUCGCGGUACUGGGAAGACGAUGAUGCUAGAGCGCGCGUUGUCAAAGAUUUCGUCCGGUGACAGUCCCCCAGUAAUAAUCCGGUUGUCUGGUUGGCUUCAACAAAAUGAUCGCCUGGCAAUGCGUGAAAUAGCUAGGCAGCUUAGAGAGCAAACGGGCGCGUCGUUCCUAUCCGCUGAGGUUGAGGAAGAGACCCAUGACCGCGACGACGAACCCAAUCCUUUCAUCGAUAAUCCAGCAGACGACCCGGAGACGUCGGUUGCAGAACCUUCACCAACGCACCUACCUGCCCUCAUCGCUGUUCUCCCGACCCUUUCUCGAGCCUCUAUCGUCAUCCUUGAGGGGUUUGAUUUGUUCGCACUCCAUGCCCGCCAAGCGUUGCUCUAUUGUUUGCUAGAUACAGCCCAGAGUUGCAGGGCCGGCGCUAACAGCAAGGGCUUGGCCGUUGUUGGACUUACCACUCGCGUCGACACCAUAAAUCUACUAGAGAAGCGGGUCAAAAGUCGAUUUUCUGGGAGAAUUUUACGGGUAGCUCCUCAGACGAUAAAUUACUGGAGGCGACUGACCAAAGCGAUACUCUGCGUGUUUGUUGGUGAAGACGCCUUUACGGAUGAGGAGGACCUUGCUCAAUGGAGGACAACGUGGGAGACUCGUGUCCAGCAGUUCUUGGAUGACAAGUCUACUCUGCAAACUCUAUCCGAGACGUUCAGUAUCACGAAAGACAUGAGGAUGCUCACGGCCGUCUUGACUUCAACGGUUGUGACUUUGUCUCCAGAAGCGCCUUGGCCCACGUCCUCUCAGUUUUUGACAUCAGCCGAAAUUCACCGUGUUCGGCCGCUGUACCCAUAUCUUCAUAAUCUCCCUUACUCCGCGAUCUGCCUUUUAAUCGCCUCAGUUCAUGCUGGCACUGCUGGAUACUCUGUGGUGACCUUUGAUAUGCUGCACGAGUAUUUUCGAGACCAAGUUCGCUCAUCGACGGCUGCACCUGUUCAAAUCAAUGGAGGCAGCAUCGGUAUGACUUUCGAGACUCUUGUUGCCGCCAAGAUCUUUGUAUCGGUAACGGCGCCUUCGUGGAAUACAGCGAAAGAAUUCACGAAGUAUAUAUGUGUUGUUGAACGGGAGGACGUCAAGAAGGCAGUUGAUAAGGGUGGCAUGAUCCCUCUGAAGAAAUGGCUUAACAAAGCGCAAUGA